AUGGCGGCUUUUUGGUAUACUCUCUCCUUGCUUUCUCUGGCAUCUGCUUCAACGGUAGACCUGGGAUAUAGCAGGUAUGAGGGGUCUACGGUAUCUGGUGUCACACAGUGGCUCGGCAUGCGUUUUGCUGCCCCUCCCGUAGGGGCUUUACGUUUUGCAGCGCCGCAGGAUCCCCUGCCCGUUGAGGGAAUACAGCAGGCGACGGAGCACGGAUCUGUCUGCAUCCCCACGGCGGCUGCAGAAGGCCUGGCUGUCCCCGAUGGGACCUCCGAAGAUUGCCUCUUUGUGGACGUCUAUGCUCCUUCUGGUGCUGCCGGUUCAAAGAAGCUACCAGUAUAUUUUUAUAUCCAGGGAGGCGGCUUCGCAAAGAACUCGAAUGCCAACUACAAUGGUGCCGGCCUGAUCAAGGCUUCCGGGGAUAACAUUGUCGUGGUCACUUUUAACUAUCGGGUGGGACCAUACGGUUUUCUCGCCAGUGAGGAAGUCGAGGCUCGCGCAAGUUUGAACAACGGUCUGAAGGAUCAGCGUAAGGCACUACAGUGGGUUCAUAAGCACAUCGGCAAAUUCGGUGGGAAUCCGGACCAUGUGGUUAUUGGUGGCAGUAGUGCGGGUGCCGCCUCGGUCACUUUGAUGCUAUCGGCAUACGGAGGCAGGGAUGAGGGCCUCUUUGUUGGAGCAGCUGCAGAGUCUCAAAGCUUCGCCACGAUGCUGAACGUCACCCAGAGCCAAUUUGCAUACAAUGCCCUGGUGGCUGAAACUGGAUGCAGCAGCAACAAAGAUACACUGGCGUGCUUACGGAGCCUGGAUGUCGGCCUUCUCCAACAGAAGAAUAUCAACAGGCCAUACCCAGGAAUGGAGAUUGCUCCGCUAUAUCUCUACAGCCCAACAAUCGACGAUGACCUUGUACCAGACUACACCUACAAACUCUUCCACGAAGGCAAAUUCAUCAAAGUACCCGUCAUAUUCGGCGAUGACACCAACGAAGGCACCAAGUUCGUUACGAAAAGUGUCGACAGCGUCGAUGCAGCAGACACUUUCCUUCAGAACCAGUUUCCGUACAUGAGCCCAGCCCAUACAACUAAGAUCAACAGCAUAUAUCUCACACCAGAUCAAACAGAAUCAUUCCCAGAUGCUGGCGCCUACUGGCGCCCUGCAAGCACGGCCUAUGGUGAAAUCCGUUACAUUUGUCCUGGAAUCGACAUGUCCUCCAUAUAUGCCAAGGCAGGCCUACCAAGCUGGAACUACCACUACGCAGUACAAGACCCCACUGAUGAAGCCUCCGGGGCUGGUACUUAUCAUACAGUCGAACUGAAUGCCAUCUGGGGCUUGGAGAACUCCGGUAACAAUGCGCCGGCUUCUUACUACACCACCAAUGCAGCCAUCGUCCCGCUGGUGCAGGCUUACUGGACUAGUUUCAUUGUUUCGUUGGACCCAAAUACCCGUCGCCUUCCGUCGAGUCCGGAAUGGCAGCCUUGGGGCCAGGAUGGUGGUUCUAGGCGGAUUUUUAUUAGGACGGGUGAGACUAAGAUGGAGUCUGUUUCGGGGGAACAGAAGGCUCGUUGUCGGUAUUUGGUUUCUAUCGGCGAGGAUAUGGCGCAGUAG